AUGACGACCGAACAAUUUGCUCCAUUCAAUGUCGAACCACCACCAUCAGCAUCACGAUCGGUCAAUGUUGACAUUGAUACUGUGAGAGAAGUUAAAACUGCAAAGUCCAUAGGCCCACUUGCCAAGGUAACUCUGGGUGUUUUAGUAGUGUGUGGUUUGGCAGCGACUAUUGCUGUUCCUAUCGGUCUCACUCAGAGAGCAAUAGCAGAAACUGCUACUCCUACAACGAUAACUACUACAACAACAACUACAUCAACAACAACAACUGCUCGCCCUAUUGUUGCAAUUACACGAACAGGUGAUCCAAUCAUAGGUGUGUACAAUACAACAGCUGGCGGAUCUAUCGGUGGGGUUAACGCCUCAUAUUCGAACCCUUCUGAAUAUCCUCCGUAUGCAAUUGAUAAUUCAACAAGCACAAAAUAUCUCAAUUAUGGUGUUAAUACCGGUGGUAUUACUGUGUAUCAACCAGGUAUAAACACUGGUUUUUAUGUAUCACCCGUUUCAAGUACUGCAUCAAUAGCUUUUGGUCUUCUCUUUGCAACAGCAAACGAUGUUCCAGAUCGCGAUCCAAUUACAGUAACACUUGAAGGAACGAAUGCAACUAGUUUGGCAGCACUUUAUCUUGGCUCAAGUUGGACACUUAUAUAUAGUGGUCCAACAGGUAUCAGUGCUACAACUGAUCCAGGUCGGCAGGUGUAUGUUUCUCAACAAAAUUUUUCAAAUACACUUGUCUUCAGAAGUUAUCGACUUCUUGUUACAUCGCAACGUGGAAAUACCAAUUGUGUUCAAUAUUCUGAAGCUCAAAUUAUAGGGUAUUUGUGAAAGAAAAGCAAACAAAAUAAACAAUUGAUACAUGUUUUUUUUAAUAUAAAUGUACGUAACUUGAACUCUUUAAUAUUUAUUAUUUCAAUUCAAUAGAGUGUUUUUUUUUUGCUAACAUCUGUUCUCUUAAUAAAUGUAUACACUAGUUACUUUUUUGGUCAGAAGAAUUAAUCGAACAGUCAUAUUCGGUUGGAUUGAGUAGAAAUCUUGUCGAAAACCGGAUGAUGGAAUAACGCCUAGAUUCCUGGUAUUGAGAAUCCGAUCGGAUCCCACUACUAAAACUCGAUGAGAUUCUACUAUAGAAAACCGAAAAGAUCCUGAUGUUGUAAA